AUGCAAGCCUUUGUUGUUCUCACCGUCGGUGUAAUUCACAAAAAAAAAUGCAUUGGAGAUUUUGUGUCUUCUGUUGAGAAUCGAACUUUUUUGUUUCAGGUCAAUCAAGAGCGAGUAAAGGAGAUCUUUGCCAAAAACUACAAAAAUCAUAUUGCCUUUGGAGUGCUAAUCUCUGUUGUUGUGGGGAUCUACUACUAUACUAUUCACGCAGUCAAACAGGAGACAUUCCUUGAAGAGAUUGAUGAAGAAAUGGCCGCUGAGCAUCCACAAACUCACGGUCAUUUGCACGUAGAGGAGAAGAAAUAG